CCAUCCACCUGGUAUCUCCACCAGUGAGAGAGACGUCAGGAUGUUGUUGUUGAUCCGGAUCCGGAUCCGCCCAGCCAGGCGUCACAGCACCGACAAGAUGGCCGAGAGUACGGGACGAAAGUGAGGGAGGAAACAAAAACACUGGCGAGCUAUCCUUGCCGCAGAUGCCAGACCUGUAGAGCUGCCGAAGACAAGUUAGUGCAAAGAUAAUAGCUGGGCAAUCGGUUCAUCCAAGACUCCGUGCUGUGGGUGACAUCUGCGGUAUGCAGACAAAUCGUGCUCCGAGCCAGCUCGCUGACAGAACGUUUGUCAGGUUGUCUGCGUUGGCUAGCUAGCGAGCUAACCAUGAUAGCUAGCUGACAACACCGUUAGCGAGAGAAUACGCUUUCAGAAAGUGUCAGUUAGGUCAUUUAGUAAUAAAUAGUUGUUGCUACUUGUUUGUUUCUGAGAAUACAAAUUAGUUGCAGUGGCAUAACUUCCCCGAGUGGGAAAACUUGAUUUAACGCAAUAGUUAACGCGCAGCCAGCUGGUUAGCAAACUAACAUUGCGGAUUUCUUGGUUGCAUCUUCAGCGUUAGCAUUAGCAAACGUCGGUUAGCUUGCUCAGCUGUUUUGGAUGACUUGGGGUUGUUCUAACACAGGAAAGGUACCCCAGCGUGUGUGGAGGGAUAUUUUUCUCUCUACAUAGAAGUACCUGAGCGGCUCUCAGUCGGCCUGUGUUACCGGGUGUCCUGGAGGACUGCUAACUGUACCACCGCCAGGACUGUAAACACAAGACAAGCCGAGCAGCUCUCUGCCCUGCGGUGUUGGACGAGUCAGCACCAUGGCCCAUUCCCCUGUUCAGGGAAACCUGCCGGGAAUGCAGAAUACCAAAGCGGACCCGGAGGAGCUGUUCACCAAGCUGGAGCGCAUUGGCAAGGGUUCGUUUGGCGAGGUGUUCAAAGGCAUCGACAAUCGCACGCAGAAAGUCGUGGCCAUCAAGAACAUAGACCUGGAGGAGGCGGAGGACGAGAUCGAAGACAUACAGCAGGAGAUCACUGUGCUGAGUCAGUGCGACAGCCCCUUUGUCACCAAGUACUACGGCUCCUACCUGAAGGACACCAAGCUAUGGAUCAUUAUGGAGUAUUUAGGUGGAGGCUCAGCAUUAGAUUUGAUGGAGCCUGGAUCUCUGGAUGAGACGCAGAUCGCCACCAUCCUCCGAGAGAUCCUCAAGGGCCUGGAGUAUCUGCACUCUGAGAAGAAGAUCCACAGGGAUAUCAAAGCCGCCAACGUGCUGCUGUCCGAGCAAGGCGAGGUGAAGCUGGCAGAUUUUGGUGUGGCGGGACAGCUGACCGACACGCAGAUCAAGCGCAACACCUUUGUCGGCACGCCCUUCUGGAUGGCCCCCGAGGUCAUCAAGCAGUCGGCUUAUGACUCAAAGGACAUCUGGUCUCUGGGCAUCACAGCCAUCGAGCUGGCCAAAGGGGAGCCUCCCCACUCAGAGCUGCACCCCAUGAAGGUUUUAUUCCUCAUCCCAAAGAACAACCCGCCCACGCUGGAGGGCAACUACAGCAAACCGCUCAAGGAGUUUGUCGAGGCCUGCCUCAACAAAGAGCCCAGCUUUAGGCCGACCGCCAAAGAGCUGUUGAAGCAUAAGCUGAUCGUCCGCCAUGCGAAAAAGACCUCCUACCUGACCGAGCUGGUGGACAAGUACAAGAGGUGGAAGGCAGAGCAGUCCAGAACCACAGAGUCCAGCUCCGAUGAGUCCGACUCAGAGCAGGAUGGCCAGGCGUCGGGCGGGAACGACUUCGGCAGCGAUGACUGGAUCUUCACCAUCCGAGAGAAGGACCCCAAGAAGCUGCAGAACGGGGAGGGACAGUCGGGGGAAGCAGACCAGACAAACGACAUUCCAAAGAGGCCUUAUUCACAGAGCCUGGCCACAGUCAUCUCUCCUGCAUUAGCUGAGCUGAAGGCUCGACAGGAGCAGGUGAAUGGGAACCCCAUGGUCCUGGACGAGCUGAGGGAGGCCAUCAUGAUGGCGGAGGAGUCCUACCCCGGCAUCGCCGACUCCCUGGUGGCUCAUAUGGUCCACAGGCUCCAGAGUUUCUCAACAAGCAGGACGUCCUCCUCCCCCCCCUAGUAACUGGCUCUCUGCCCCAGCCCUGCUCUCCCAGGCCCCCCACCCCCCGCCCACCAACACUACAGCCAGGUCAGAAGGUUAGCAGUCAGGGGUCAAGUCAUUCACUACCAGCUGACCGCGUGUGACCUCCCGUGUGUGGGGGGUGGCUUACCUCGCCUGUAAAAAAAAAUAAAAUAAUGACUGAACUCCAAAGCGGAGGAUAACAGAGAAACUGGAGAGCUUCUUUUAGCCACUUAAGAGAGGAGAAGCUCAGGGGGGCAGCAGAACCCGUGGAAUCAGCUGUGAUGGGACAAGACUCAAAGUCCGAGCAGCCCACCAGUAAAACAGCAACAGCCAUGUCGGACUCUGGGCUCUGUAUAUGCGAGACGUCUCCAGCCUCACGCCAUGGAGUCUACAUGGAAUUUGCUUCGACGGGGAGCCGAAAAAAUCUCCCCGAUCUCCAAGACGAGACUUCAAUCCCCCUCCUUAAUGCAGGCGUCGUAUCCCCAGAACCUCUGACGGCAUGCUUGAUGAACCUGCAGGGAUAUUAUCUUAGUGUGCAAGCUGCGUGUGUGCGUGCGUGCUCGAACGCACAACAUGUGUGUGCACCUGCGAGCGUGUUUGUGUGUGUGUGUGUGUGUGUGUGUGUGUGUGUGUGUACACGUGUGCUCUCGCGUAUGUAAGACUCCCUGUUAAGGCAAAUUGCAGCAUUCUUAAUGAAACCUCAGGUAAAGUGCUUUAAGUGGACUUUGUCCUCCGAGGCAGGGGGAGGAGGAGGGGGGGGGGGUGUUGCCAUGCUGUACAUGAUUACAAGUUGUCAUUGCGGGAAAUGAAUCACUGUGUACAAAAUGGUCAUGCGCAUUUUGUAGAUAUUGAUGAUGUUUGAAAGUAGAUAUUUAAAGAUUUCAGAAGUUACUCCAACAGAAAGAACUGAAAAUGCCUUGCCUUCUUGAGAUACACACGUCUAUGUUCUGGCAUUUCAUCAGAGAUUUAGUUACUUUUUCCUCGUUGGUGAGUGAGACUCAGUAUUAAUCAGGUUCUCUCUCUCAGAGUUCCAAUGUUCCAUUUCAAUCACCUGCUGAGUCCUUGACUAACUAUGAUACUAAGCUUACUCUGUCUAGAGGCCGGAGCUCUUCCUCUGUUUCUGUAGUCGGGGGGGGGGGGGGGGGGGGGGGGGAAACGCCCGCCUGUACUUUAUGUUUAGGCAAGUUAAGUCAGUUUGAAGAUGUUUCAGAAAGGCGGUCGAUGUUAAACGAGUAACAGUAUUGAGUGGACCUGAGGGCUCCGCUAUGGGCAGUAGGAUGCGGAUAUCAUGCAAAGUAUUAUUUUUCCUUGGCUUGUGAUUUAUCCUUAGCAUUACUUAAAAAGUGGAGGCGAGGAAUAACUGGCAAGGACCAUCGUAGGCAAUCGCAUCAUGCCACUUGCUCGCGGCCAAACUGGAGCGUAGAUCAGGACAAGCCAAGCUGCAGACAUCAACGCCAUCCUCACCUCUGGUCUCUGCUUCCACACCAUGCUAGAAGUGCCAUGUCCUCUUUUAUGCUCUCACCAGAUGUUUCGAGUAUGAUUUGCACCUUUUUUUAUUUUUUCAGAUCUGUUUUUUUUGCACUUUGAAAGUGUGUCGAGUAUUUAAAAGAAACCUGUAAGAGGGAAAAGAAACUCAAUGAAAAAAGUUGCUAAUAGCCAUGUUUUACUAUAUAUGUUUACUUAAGAGUUCCAGAAUUUACUACUGUGCUAAUGCAGCAAUAAUGUUGAGGAGUUGCAUCAAGACGCACUUGACAACACAGGGAUUGAAAGAAAUUAAGAAAUAUCUGAUAUUUUUAUAACUGCAAAGAGUUAAGUAUGGAAAUAUGGAAUGCUUUAUGGAUAUAGGCACCUGCCUGCGGCAAAACAAUAUCUAUACCUUACAGAAAAACAUAUGCUACGGAAAUAACUACAAAAUGUGUACAUUUGGUCUCCUUUAUCAUAGCUGACAGUUUAUAGUACUGUAUAUAAUCUUUGCUUGUGUCAUUUGAGAAUUCCCAAGUUAAAUGUGAGCUCCUUGUAAGCUUUCAAAGUGACAUGAGAAAUAAAGAUCUAAUGCUAACUGAG